AUGCACAAAUUUAACUGUGGUAUGCACACUCAUUUUGGUGUCACACAACUGGAGUUAUAUCAUCGCUCUUUCUUUUCCCAUGUCAUGCCCAGUAAUUUAUACUAUUGUUCAAGCUCCAUUGAUAAAUCGAACCUACCUCAAAUUCUGUACGAAGAUGAUGAUCACAAUAAAGUCAUGCUCUCAUCGGAUUCCGACCAUAUAGCGACUGGGUACCAUGCAAAGCAAAUCGCUUGGAAGGUAAUAAGAGGCAAAUUCAACCUUCACUCUACAAAAUCUGCAACACAUCAUAUUAAUUGGAAACUCAAAUCUUGA